AUGUUACUUAUCGGCGCCGGCGGAGUCGGAACCAUGGCGUGUGUCUCACUCGAGAGAUCUUGCAUAGUACUCCGAUCGGACUACGAUAAAGUUAUGCGUGACGGAUUUGAAAUUGAAUCGGCCAACCACGGGAUAUUUUCAUCUUGGUGGCCGAGUAGAAUUCUAAAGGCCGUACCCCAAAUUCAAGAAGUGACCUACGACCAUGUUAUGGUUACAAUGAAGAAAAUCCCCGAGAUUUCAAACAUUUCGGCGGUCAUCAAACCAGCUAUCACUCCCGGCUACACAACUAUCGUACUGAUUCAAAACGGGAUUUGUAUCGAGCAACCCAUCAUUGAUGCAUUUCCGUCUAAUGUGGUUCUCUCCGGAGUCAGCUACAUCGGUGCUCAUGAACGAAAUGGCCGCAUUCUUCAUGAUGAACACGAUCACAUGAACCUGGGGGUCUUUCACAAUCAGGCUCUGGACGUAAAGAUUGAGCAGGAAAAGCUUCAUGAUUUUGCCACAAUCUACAGCGCAAACAGAGCUGUAAGUGUCGACAUCGCAGGCGAUUUUCAAUUCUAUCGCUGGCGUAGCGUAUCUUGGAAUGGCGCUUUCAAUUCCAUGUGCGCUAUCACUCAGCUUGAUAGUGCUGAUAUCAGAUAUCUUGGUGGUGAAUAUAGCUUGCUUCGACCUGGAAUGGCAGAAAUGGCGGCGAUUGCGAAAGCAGACAGCUAUGACCUUUGGCCUGAUAUUGUGGAUUUCAUGAUCAAUUUUACAGGACUUGAAUUAUCUUUCAGACCAAGCAUGCUGGUGGAUGUGGAUAAGGGUAACCCAAUAGAGGUUGAGGUCAUUCUGGGGAACGUUCUGCGAGUCGCACGGAAACUAGACGUCCUGACUCCAAUCUUGGAUAACACAUGCCGGUUUCUUAAGUUGAUACAUUGA